AAUCUGAAUGGACGUGGUUUAUCCCCAUCAUUGUCCGGGAGGAUCGUGUAAAAUGGCUCAGAGCUCACCUGACAAUAGAACAUUAGAUUGGACCCGGGGCAUCUCUGUUUUUACCUCCAAACUUGCACCCGCGGGUGAUAUUGGAGUGGGUUUUGCCAUCCUAACAGUUGUUCUGCUGUCGGUUUUUGGCAACGGCAUGGUCCUGGCCACCUCGUACCGGCGCCGGCGCAAGAUGAUGGGUUCUGAGCUGCUGUGCGUCAACCUGGCGCUAGUGGACUUCCUGGGCUGCGUGUGUUUCUACCCGCUGUCCAUCUUCUCGUCCUUCAGCCACGCCUGGCAGGGCGGCUAUGCCACCUGCAUCUAUUACGGCCUGGGCUGCUACAUCUUCGGCCUGUGCGGCAUGUUCACCAUCGCUGCCAUCAGCGUCAUACGCUACAUCAAGACCUGCCAUGGCUUCCUCUAUGGGGCUAACGUCCAGCUGCUGUGUGUCUCCACGUGGCUGCUGGCCACCGUGUGGUCCGUGCUGCCACUGUUCGGCUGGGGGGAGUACGUGCCCGAGCCUUACGGCCUGUCCUGCACCAUCGCCUGGCGUCGCUACCACACGUCAGUCAAGGACGCCGUCUACGUCAUCUGCUCAUUCGUCUGCUUUGUGCUAGUGCCCGUGCUGCUCGUCGUGGCCUCGCAGGUCAUGAUCCUGCGCAAGGUCUAUCACAUCUCCUACUCGCUGACCAUGCAUGGUAUCCACAACAACCUCAAGAACACAGAGAAACGCCUGGCCGUGAUGUUCUUCUGCAUCAGCAUGGGUUUCAUUGUGGCCUGGACCCCAUACACAGUGGUCUCCUUCCUCUACAUCUUCCACAAGCAGGACACGUACAUGGCCCCGGCUGGCUUCGUCUUCCCAGCACUCUUUGCCAAGUCCUCCCACGUCUACAACCCUGUCAUUUACUUCUACUUCAACAAAGCCUUCCGCCAGGAGCUCAAAGUCAUGCUCCGGUCCCUGUGUCCAGGAAUGGUGUCUAACCGCGUCGAGGUCCUCCCCGCACCGGUCAACCAGGGCCCCGUCGUGCCGGCCAUCCAGAUCCAGCUGCAGGAGCUGCAGCAAGGGAGAGUCAGGCGAGCGGACGGUGGCGUCGGCGGCCGAGUCCGUGGGGUGAUAAGCCUGGUGAAGUCGCACAGCCACAGCGAGAAAAGCUGUAAGAGUUCCUCGUCUGCCGGGAAGGAGGGCCCGCUGUGCCCCUCCUGCUGCAUUCCCAAGAGCCGGGUGGCACCGCUGGUCCCAGGGCCCGGCUCCGUGCACGAGUUCCUGCCCAUCUCCAGCUGAUCCAGCAGAGGGCGCUAUGAGGUGUGCUGUCGGAGGGCAGGAGGGCUCUGGGCCCAUGUUGGAUUACUGGGUCGGGCAAUUGACCUGGAGUCUGCCCCUAAAAAGUGGCUUGCAGUCAAAGUGACUGUGCUGCUCAGGUUGGUGAGAGAGCUUGAGAGCUUCACAAGACAAUGACAGGGGCAGCACAAGCUUAGGUUAGAAAACCAUCCGUCCACAGUCUUGAAUUAUUUAUUGAACAACAGACAUUACAUUAGUAUGUUGCAUUAUUACCUUCACCUUACUGAAGUUAUCUUGAUGCAUCUGUCAACAUUUUUCUAUUAUUAGAUACUAUUUAUGGUCUACUAGUGUCAAAACUGCUAGAGAAUGUUGUACCCACAAGUAAGCCAAUAUUUAGAAGAACUGCUCUCACAUCUUCA